CUGUCGCUCCCCUUCAGUUCACCUCCACUUCUCCAGCGUGCAUCUCCCGAGCAGGACCUCCGCUCCACACGGUCAGCUUCCGGCCCGCCACUUUGAAGUCACCGCGCUGCCCCGGGACACACUCUGAGCUACCAAGAUGGCCAUGAAUGACAUCCUGAAAGCUGAGGACAUUAAGAAGGCCCUUGAUGCAUUCAAAGCUGCAGACACCUUUGACCACAAGAAGUUCUUCGAGAUGGUGGGUCUGAAGAAGAAAUCUACCGACGACGUCAAGAAAGCUUUCCUGGCCCUGGAUGUGGACAACAGUGGAUUUAUCGAAGAGGAGGAGCUCAAGUUUGUGCUGAAGGGUUUCUCCACGGACGGCAGGGACCUGACUGACAAAGAAACCAAAGCCUUCUUGCAAGCAGCCGACAAGGACGGAGACGGCAAGAUCGGGAUGGAAGAGUUUGCAGCCUUGGUUCAGGAGUAAAAGCCAACGCCUUUCUGACAGACUAGUGCUCUGCCCUCAUGGUCCUUAACUCAUUGCUAUUUCCAUUGUCGCUGCCCUUAACAAGCCCCCCCCAAAAGGCCCACGAUAUCCCGGUUUCUCCAUCCAGACACACUGGACAGAAACGUGGGUGCCUAAUGCCCCCUACCCUUCAAGGUAGUGCCAAACAGGCCAUUCACCUUUUUUAUACAAAUACCGCAAAUACAGUCAGCAAAUGUGACGAAGGUCGAAUCUCAUGUAGAUAUAUAAAUAUGUAACACCUGCCCCCCCCCCCUACAUAAUCCUCCCAGCUCCCCCUCCGGAUCCCUCAUCUGGUAAUGAGCUGUUGUGAAAUUCACCGAAAGGAAAAUAAGUUGAGCUGUGAAAAAAAGAAAACAAGAAAAUAAAAAAAUAU